UGCGCCUUUUUUCAGACUCUUAUUGUUUCACACUCUGAGCUCUGAUACCUGACAACAACCUGACACUGAGAGAGCAGCCCGCAGAGACACACUUAUACUCUUAAUACAGGUUUAUAAAGAAGACUCGGGGACUCUGUCCGGGGAGAAGAGGAGGAGCAGGAGGAUGAAGGGCGGACUGAAGCUCCGCCUGUUCGCGUCCCGUCGGUCCUCAUUCAAAACAAACUCAGCUGAGAGGAGCUGCUAGCUGGUAGCUGUUAGCUUACUGUGAGCUGACUGUGAGCCUGUGGACAGCUGAGUGUGUGUGUGUGAGUGUGUAUGCUGAGGCCUCUGAUGUCCCCGCACACUGACCAUCAGAAGAAAGAAGAAGAAGCAGCUCUGAGACAGGUGAAGGCCUCACAGACAGACAGGACGUGAUAUAAAAAGGCUAACACCACUUCAAGCAUCAUGCACAUCUGACACACACCUGGGCCGUUCAGGCGUUACUGCAGCAGAAGAUGAUGAUGAUGAUGAAGAUGAUGAUGAAGAAGCGUCUCUUACGUUAAGAAUCAGCUGGUGAGGGAAUAAUGGACCUCCCUAAUGGCCAAUCAGGCGCCAUCACCACUGCUGCCCCUCUCUCUGAGAGGAGCAGCAGCUCGGAGUCUCUCAGUGAAAAAGUUUCCUCUGACCUGAAGAAGAGUUUUGAUGCUGUCGUAUUUGACGUGUUGAAGGUCACACCUGAGGAGUAUGCGGGUCAGAUCAUGCUCAUGGACACUCCCGUGUUUAAAGCCAUCCAGCCUGAGGAGCUGUCUAGCUGCGGUUGGAACAAGAAGGAAAAGCACAGCUUGGCUCCCAAUGUGGUGGCCUUCACCCGCAGGUUCAACCAGACAAGUUUCUGGGUGGUGCGAGAGAUCCUCCACGCUCAGACGCUGAAGAUCAGAGCAGAGGUCCUCAGUCUGUACAUCCGCACUGCCAAGAAACUGUGUGAUAAUAACAACCUGCAUGCAGUUAUGGCGGUGGUUUCGGCACUGCAGAGCGCUCCAAUCUUCAGACUCACAAAGACCUGGGCGCUGCUGAGUCGGAAAGAUAAGGCCACCUUUGACCGCCUCGACUACCUGAUGACCAAAGAAGACAACUACAAACGUCUGAGAGACUUCAUCAGCAGCCAGAGCAUGGUGUCCUGCAUACCAUACUUAGGGAUGUACCUGUCUGACCUCACCUACAUAGACUCCGCCUACCCAUCCACGGGAAGCAUCCUGGAGAACGAGCAGAGAUCCAACCUGAUGAACAACAUCCUCAGGAUCAUAUCGGACCUGCAGAGAUCCUGCACCUACGAUAUCCCCGUGCUGCCUCACAUCCAGAAGUAUCUGAACUCCGUCAGAUACAUCGAGGAGCUGCAGAAGUUCGUGGAGGACGACAAUUACAGGUUGUCUCAGAGGAUCGAGCCCGGCACCAGCACACCUCGAGCCAACGCCUCCAAGGAAGACCUCGCAGGUCAGGAAGCAUCUGCGUCUCCUCUUUGUGGACGGAAAUGUACGGUCGCAGCUGAAGGAACCAAAGUCCCCGCCACGCCGCCCUCCCCUCGAAACCUGCUGCCGUACGGACACAGGAAGUGCCACAGCCUGGGCUACAAUUUCAUCCACAAGAUGAACACGGUGGAGUUUAAAAGCGCAACGUUCCCGAACGCCGGCUCUCGCCACCUGCUGGACGACAGCGUGAUGGAGAGUCACAGUCCCAGCAGAGGACAUGCGGAGAGCUCCACGCUGUCCAGCGGCAUCUCACUCGGUAUGUGGAGCAGCGAGGGCUCGGAGCUCAGCGAAGAGGUCUCCUGGCCGGCCUUUGAGAGGACUCGGUUCUAUCACUCUCUGGGCCCCGUGACCCGCGUGGCCCGAGUCCCCUACAGAGGAGUCCUGAGGCCCAGCAGUUCAGCAGAGUCCGAGGAGCUUGCGGUCCACCUGUACCCCGGAGCGGUGACCGUGCAGGGAGUGCUGAGGAGGAAGACUGUGAUGAAGGAGGGCAAGAAACCUACAGUGGCGUCAUGGACCAAAUACUGGGUGGCUCUGUGUGGAGCUCACCUUUACUACUAUCCUGCCAAGUCCCUGAAGGCCACAGAGAGGAAACAUUUUAAAUCCACCUCCAGUAAGAGUGUGUGUGUGGUCGGUCUGAUGGCCAUGAUGGCUGACGACCCCGAACAUCCCGACGUCUUCCUGCUGACGGACUCUGAGCACGGUAACACCUAUAAGUACCAGGCAGGGAACAGGAUGAACGCUCUGCUGUGGUUCAAACACCUGAGUGCAGCCUGUCAGAGCAACAGGCAACAGGUACCUGCCAAUCUGAUGUCAUUCGAGUGAGCCAUUCGACUGAGAGAAGGAGGAGGAAGAUGCAGGCGAGGAGGAAGAGGAGGAGGAGGAAGAGGAGGAGCAGGAAGAGGAGGAAAUGGAGGAAGAGGAAGAGGAGGAGAGACUCUGUAGUGGAAGCUUUCACUGCCAUGAGCCCCGACCUCACUGCAGCCUCACCUGCCAAC